CUGGACGCCAUCAGUAUCUCCGGGCGAUAGAUACCGCGUCUCUGAAGUUUUUUGUUCAUAUUAGAGAAAAUUCACUUCAAGAUGGAUCAUCGUAACCACAAAAGGUCAUUUUCAAGAGCAAGAGACAGCUUUCCACUGAUUCCACCCGGAAGAACCUCCUUAUCUUCCAGUACAGAGAUGGUGACGUCACAGAGGCCCCUCAGUGGUAUACGAAGACAAACAUCGUAUAGACAUACACCAUGCCCUCCACUCACCGAAAGCACCGAACGACAGUGGCCCAAUAGUGGUCACUCUCCUACUUCAUUCGGUGGAGAAAUCAACCGUCAGAGGCCCGGCAGUGGUCAGAAAAUGACAACACUAGCCAUGACAGAGUCUGGACACACAUAUACAGCACUUGAGCUGGAGGACAAAGAAACAAGAGCUAAAUUGGAAAUGUUAUACAAGUGUGCAAAUAGAGAUUUAGAGCGACUGAAAUCAUACUCCGUGCAACAAUAUGGCAAUGAGUUCAUUCAAACUCCAAACCUUAGCUCCUGCUCUUCCGAGUCGCCUGACAACCCCCCUCCUACCCCUGUUAUCAUUGAUGUAAAAGCAGAAAAGAGAAGAAAAAGAAAGGAAAAGAAAGAAGCCAAAAAGAUGGAAGAGGAAAGAAAGAAAGAGCAAGAAAAAUUAGAAACGGAGAGAAUGAUGGCGGAACUAUCAAGAAACAGGUCAAUGUUCAAUGGGAACAAGGACACUCUUCCAGCCAUCGGAAGAAAAAUGGCAGAGGUAAAUUUUUGCAUCCAAAAGUUGCCAAAGAUACAAGAAUACGAGAUAAUAGGCCCAUCUUUGCCAGACAACAAUGCUGUUGACGUCAUCAAGAAACACGACGCCAUAGUCCUCAAUACCGCAUUCGCGAAAAAGAUCAGCCAAGAUUACAUCAAUGCAAGCGCCGAACUGAUGAAGCCUUACAAUAAGAACGAGGCCAUUGACGUCGUCGAGAAGCACGAAGAAGAAGUUGGCAGAAUUCACGCCAUGUAUACCGGAAGUUAUGCUACAAAAAACGCCUGCCACCCAGCGUCCGCAAGAUCUAGAUGCUCCUCUGGAGUGUCUAGGCGGACGGCAUUUUAAUUCCUUACAAUCGUCAUGCAUGCUCA